UUAGCCGCUCGGUGACUGUGGAGGAAGUUGACCCGCUUGUCCGCAGCUGACUAGCCCACUUUCUGUUGCUCAUUUAUGAACAGUGGUUAUGGCACCAGGCACAGCUUUAAAAGCGAAUGACACUAACAGCACUGUAGAUUCAGGGUGCAUCCAAGGUGAGAGUCCAGCUCUCAGACGGCUCUGAACUGUGAGACGUCUUGCGAGGAAUUUGACAUUAUCUUCCGUCACCUCAAGUAAAACGUGAGACACAUAACAGCCUCCCAGCCGCAGCCGAUCAGGCGCCAAAGAAACGAGCUGCCGCUGGUUCACAAUACAGCUGAACCACCUCAAAACAUUAUCUGGUUGUGCAGUCAGGAAGUGACCGAAGAAACGACAAUGUGCUCGGUGAUAAGCGGGCUGAGACCAGUCCGACGGGCUCUGGGUCUCACGCUUCGCCUCAGAACGAGCACCGAGGGCUCGUGGUGCGCAGCAGCCGAGAGCAGGCGCUUCUUCCCCGCUGGAAGUGCUGGCACCGGCCCGCUACGAGAAACCAGCAGAUCGUACUGCUCCAGGAUGGCGCUGAGCGAAGGAGUGCUCUUCAGACAGCUGUUUGAGGCGGAGAGCAGCACCUACACCUACCUGCUCGCAGACACAGAGACCAAAGACGCGAUCCUCAUCGAUCCUGUAUUGGAGACCAUUGACAGGGACCUGAAGCUCAUACAUGAACUGGGACUCAAUCUAAAAGUUGCAGUAAACACCCACUGCCAUGCGGACCACAUCACAAGCACUGGAAUGAUGAAGAAAAGAUUGGUUGGGCUGAAGAGUGCAAUCUCCAAAUUCAGCGGUGCCUCUGCAGAUAUCCUCCUGUCAGAGGGAGACAAGAUCACCUUUGGAAAGCAUUAUCUGACAGUGAGAGAGACACCAGGACACACUGAUGGGUGUGUCUCGCUGGUGGCAGGGGAUCAGAGCAUGGCUUUUACUGGGGACGCUCUGCUCAUCAGAGGCUGUGGCAGGACAGACUUCCAGCAGGGCUGCGCUAAGAAGCUCUAUGAUUCAGUCCAUCAGAAGAUCUUUACUCUGCCUGACCAGUGCCUCAUCUACCCAGCACAUGACUACUUAGGUCAGACGGUGUCUACUGUCAGUGAGGAACGCAGGUUUAAUCCGCGUUUGACCAAGAGCCUGGAGGAGUUUGUGUACAUCAUGAACAACCUGAAUCUCCCCAAGCCGAAGAAAAUAGAUAUUUCAGUGCCUGCGAAUCUGGUUUGUGGAGUGCACCAGAUCUGAAUAUCCUGCAGAAGGGAGGAUUUUAAUCAAAUCAGCAACAUUAUUGCAAAGGGAUUAACAUUUAACAUGUUAGUAUCUCUGCAGGAAUAAUCAAAAACUGCUUACCCUGAAGUGCUUUAUUCUUCGUAUUUAUGUAAAUGUAAAGAUGUAUAUUUGAAUAGCUUUUGUUCGUUGCUGCCACUGACCUCAUUGUGAUCAUACUUAAAACGGAAAUGCAAUCAGUUCUAUUCUAUGAAUUGAAAUGAGUGCUAAAGAUUGACAGGAAAAAAAAACACUAUAUGUAUUUUGAUUAAAUUUAAAUGUGGGUAUUCUUUGCUCUUUUUU